CUCUGAGCUCGCAUACACUUGUAAGCAUUUAUCGCCCGUCCAUCCCUCCUCUCUUCUCUUCCCCCGCUCAUCUCUCUCUCUUCCCCCUCCCUCUCCCUCCCUGUUUCUCUGCUUGAGAUUAUACCGACACGGCUCCUAACAAAUGGGGUUCUCUGCUUGAAGCUCCCCAACUUCCUCCCCCUCGUCGCUUCUGCUUCUGCUCGGCCAUAUCCGUUUUAUGUGGUUCGACUGAUCCCAGUUGAGGAAUCAAGAAAUUAUGACUACGGAAGCUGUCUACUUUAAGGAACAUGAAGGGAUUAUGCACAAUUCAGCUGGGCAGCUUUCUUCCCCUCUGGCUCCGGGCCUUUGGUGGGGUGCUGGCUAUGGAGCUCAGUCAUUUCAAUCGAACUCUUCUCAGCUGGAACGAACUGGGUGUGGGGACCACUUUGCUGCUUCGAAGCAAGCGGAGCAAGGCACGAAACAGAGUGCCGAUAAAGGAAGUGUAACUCAGUCCAUCUUUUCUGGGGAUGGUCUGAAAUCUCAUGCAGCUCUUCCGGAAUAUUGCUCUCGUUUCGAGCCGGGAUUUAGUCAGCCAAUGAUAUGUGCAAAGUAUCCCUAUGUGGAUCCAUGUUAUGGAGUCCUCUCAGCUCACGGACCUCAACUGUCGGGCCGAAUCAUGCUACCCCUGGAUCUUGGGACCAACGAUGUCCCGAUAUUUGUGAAUCCCAAGCAGUACCACGCUAUCAUGAAGAGUCGGGAGCGUCGUGCAAAGGCUGAGCUUAAGAACAAACAAAAUCGAGUUCGGAAGCCUUAUAUGCAUGAAUCGCGUCAUCUUCAUGCUAUGCGUCGGCCACGGGGCUGCGGCGGCCGCUUUCUGAACACAAAGAAUCUGCCCAGUUGUAAAGGAGAAGCCGACCUUGAAAAGGACUUCAAACCGCCUGAGCGGCCCACGGGCUCUCAGGGGUCCGAAGUCCUCCAGUCUGACAGUGGGACGCUGAGCUCGCCCAGAGGAGCAAAUGGUUCCAUCACAAGCCUCUCAGGAUCCACUGAGGUCACCAGCAAUACUUAUGCUCGGGAAGAUCUUGGCAGGCUCUCGAUGAAUUUCCUCCGUCCACCUCUCCACUUUCUCCCACUUAACGGCAUGAUCGAUACCGGUCACAGUAUCGUGAAGCCUAGCACUUGGGUCACGGCAGCUGAUGACUGCCGUGACCUCUAAGUCUGAAACCAUAGGAACCGGUGGGGGUUAGGUUGGUGCAUGGGUUUUCCCAUCAUCGCCAAUCCCCCGUUCCUUUAGGGCAACCAAAUGGAGAAGCUUUCCGAUGGUUUUCCCUCGGGAGAACCGCUUUGGACUUCAGUUCGAAGGAUUGUACGGCUGCCCAUUUGGUUGCUUUAAUAGGCAAAUCAUUCUUGGCUCAUCCAGCAUUGGGGCUUGUCUUUCGGUUCGUUCGCGGCGAGAGGCACCUCAAAGCAAACCCUAUCUAAUAGAACAGGCGAUUGUAAUAACAAUGGGUUGUCAGUAACAAACCCGUCGAUGAACAGUUUGGAACACCAAACAAGUAGUAGUAUUUGUGUCGUGCUUUGUGUGUCAUCCUAGGAAUGGUUUAGAAGUCAGGUUUGUGCUAAGAAUUGUUAUUUAUGACUGGAUUUCCUGCAGUUACGGGUGAAUGAAUCUAAUGUAAAUUAGUCUGUGAUGGUUAAUGCUACUGCCUCUGAAGUCUGAUUGCAA